GGCACCAGGACAGGCACAAGCACCGGGACAGGGGCCAAGCGGCGAUGGAGUGGGCACCCCGCGGCCUCUCUACAUGGACGUCCAGGCCACCACCCCUCUGGAUCCCAGGGUGCUGGACAGCAUGCUGCCAUACCUGAUGGCCUACUAUGGCAAUCCCCACUCCAGGACCCAUGCCUAUGGCUGGGAGAGCGAGGCUGCCAUGGAGAAGGCAAGGCGGCAAGUUGCAGAUUUAAUAGGAGCUGAUUCAAGGGAAAUUAUCUUUACCAGUGGUGCAACAGAAUCAAAUAAUAUGGCAAUUAAGGGUGUUGCAAGGUUCUAUAAGUCCAGGAAAAAGCAUAUCAUCACCACGCAGACAGAGCACAAGUGUGUGUUGGAUUCUUGCCGCUCCUUGGAGUCAGAAGGUUUUCAGGUCACGUAUCUGCCUGUUAAAAAAAAUGGGCUCAUAGACUUGAAGGAGUUGGAGGCUGCGUUCCGGCCAGAUACGAGUUUGGUUUCUGUAAUGACUGUGAAUAAUGAAAUAGGAGUAAAGCAGCCAGUUGGUGACAUUGGUGAGAUCUGCCGUGCACACAAGGUUUUCUUCCACACAGACGCUGCACAAGCAAUUGGUAAAAUUCCUAUGGAUGUCAACGACAUGAAAAUAGAUCUAAUGAGCAUCAGUGGCCACAAAAUUUAUGGUCCCAAAGGGGUUGGUGCCAUCUACGUUCGCCGCCGGCCACGUGUAAGGCUGGAGCCCCUGCAAAGUGGGGGAGGCCAGGAGAGAGGGCUGCGGUCAGGGACUGUGCCCACUCCUUUAGCAGUGGGCCUGGGGGCAGCAUGUGAAGUGGCACAGCAAGAGAUGGAGUAUGACCAUAAGCGAAUCUCCCAGCUGGCAGAACGACUGGUUACAAACAUAAUGAGUGAGGUUCCUGAUGUGGUUAUGAAUGGAGAUAGAGAGCAUCGCUACCCAGGAUGCAUCAACUUAUCUUUUGCAUAUGUGGAAGGGGAAAGCCUUCUGAUGGCUCUGAAAGACGUGGCUCUGUCUUCAGGAAGUGCCUGCACAUCAGCUUCUCUGGAGCCUUCCUAUGUUUUGCGAGCAAUUGGGACGGAUGAAGACUUGGCUCACUCGUCUAUAAGAUUUGGCAUUGGCCGUUUCACCACAGAAGAAGAAGUGGAUUAUACAGUGCGGAAGUGCAUACAGCAUGUCAAGAGGCUGCGGGAGAUGAGCCCCCUCUGGGAAAUGGUGCAGGAUGGAAUUGAUCUCAAAAGCAUUAAAUGGACUCAGCACUGAGAGAACAUCUCUAUCCAUGGACUAGAUGUGGAUGUAGAUUAAAAUGCAUUUUCUGUACAUUCCUGAACAAAUUUUCCAGCACUUCUGGGUUUUGAUGCUUGCAGUUUGACUGGGAAAUUACCUUCUGUGACCACAAAGUCUAAGAAGCCAAAAAUUAAACUAGUCUUUAUCCUGGAGAGAAGCAGGAUGCUGUAACACAUAUUGCAUUUAUAUUGACACAGAGAAAUUGAUGCUAAAACAUAAUUUAUUUGGAAAUGCCUUCUCUAAUUAGAAAAGGAAAUCAGGUUGUUGCGCCUGGGCCUGCAGGAUGCUGGUGAGAGGUUUGUUGUUCCUCGGUGUGAAAGGUCCCUUUGUACCUGUUGUGUUUGCAGCACAGAGCUGUUGCCAUGAGUCCUGCGUGUUUGGGGUGGGCAUCCUGCAACAGCAGCUGGUUUAGUGCUACUCAGAUGUGUUGUACUGUGAGAAAUUCUCAGAUGAGAAGAAGCUUGGCACUUCUAGAGGAAGAGGACAUCUCAAUGUGGUUGUGUGCCUUCGCAGUUCAGUUGUACGUGCAGUUCAGAACAGUUUUUCUUAAACACUAUUUUUGGCUCCAUCCUUGGUUUUAUCUGGUUUGGGGAGAUGCUUGUACAAACUACUUUGCAUUAAUUCAAAACAUCCUUUUGCAUUAGAAUUCACAAUACAACGGUGACGCACUUUGCUGUUGCCUCCAUUGUGCUGUUCCAUGCAAGUUUUUUCGAAGGAAAGAAAACUGGAAUGUGUGGGGGAGUGAGGUGUGCAGAACCUGUCAGUCAGUGGCAAUACCAGUUUGGUUAGGACACAGUGGUGGUGGUGGUUGGGAGAGCAGGUAAAGUGCAAUGCCUUAAUGCAGCCUGGGUUUUUUUGCUUCCCUUGGGAUGAGUCCUUUGCUGUUACUCUGUUUGCCUGUGAGCUGUUGGCUUCUGUCACGUCAGGGAGUCUUGCCCAGCUGCGCCUGGAUGUUUUGUUGGAGAAACGAACGGGUAGCUCUGGGUGGCAGACCUCACUGCCGUCUGACUAGUGACUUGCAUGGGAACCCAUUCUCUGCAAGUUCUGGGGGAAAGGGUCUAUUAAAAAUGAGAUUAAUUCAUAGUAAAUUCUCUUUUGUUAUCUUUGUUGAUCUUUCCAGUAGGAAGCCUAACUCCUUAUCACCAAGUGCCUUUGUUUCAGCUGCAUAAGCAGACAGUUCUCCAAUUGGUUGUGUUAAUGGAUGGAUGCUGUAUUAGAUGCUGCAUUGAAUGCACCCUGAAGAGAGCACACCUUUAGUUCUGGGUGGUAUCUACCUCAAGGGUGUAAAAGCUGAAGCUAAGUCCCACAAGCUGGAUUGUGCUAUAGCAGCUUGUGUUUGGAGGUUUUUCUUUUGUGUUCCCAAGGACAGAUUUGGUCGCAAUGCAAAGCUAAUCCUCAGUUGUUCUAGUUGAAUCUUCUGGCCUUAGCAGUUCUGAUGCAGUAGGGCUGGCACCUUAUGUUUCAUCUCAACAUUGUAAAAGCUACCAUGUGCAUAAAGAGCUUUUGGAGCUGUAUGUGCCCUGCCCUCUCCAUGGGCUGUAUGCUUUUUCUGGAUUAAGCAUGUGAGAACAUUUUCCCAGCAUGUUUUAGAACUAUGUGUUUUAUGGAUGAUAAAAAAAGUAUA